UUGACUAUUCCCAUCUUUAUUGUCCUACAGGACGCCUACUUUGAUAAUGCCCCAGUAGCCCCUGAACUUGAUGAGAUCAUCGGUGAUUCGGACGUAGAGGGUGACCUCAUUGAGGAGGAGGUGCUGACGUCUAAAGAAAUAAUUUCUCGCAUGAAGAGGGUGAGACAUGAUUUAUAUCUCUUUGCCUCUUUAUCCUGUAACCAUAUAUUCCCUUAUCGAGCAUAUUUGUCGUACACAGUGAGAGCCAGUAUCUCUGGGGUACCACAGACACCAGCUUCACAUGCAUGCCGUGCUUUGAAUCUCCUCUCUUCUUUUCAGCUCUGGCAGAACGAGUUAAUCGCACCAGUCCUCAUGCCAGCCCGUCCGGAGCUGAUCGCUCUAGUCCAGCAAGGUGUUGCUCGUCUCGAGUCUAAGGUUAAAAUGACUCCACAAGGAGAACCUUCGGCUCAACUUCAACGUCUGCAGGCCUGCACAGAUUAG